AUGCCAAGCGGGAAGCGUUUUGAUCGGAAAUUCCUGGCUGAUGCCACUGUGGGCGACUUGUACGACUGGGCUGAUGUUUGUGUUGAUGACUCCGCGCAAGAAGAGGAGGAGGUCGACCAGGAGGACAGCCUUGGAUACUUUGAGCUCAGCACAGCGUUCCCUGUGACCAAACUUCGCGGCCAACGCGAUAAAACACUGAAAGAUAUGGGUCUUAUGCCCAACGCCGUGGUGAUGAUUGCUCCCAUUGAUCCCGAUGAGGACCCUCAGUUCGAUAAGUCAUGCUGA